AUGGCCGGGCACUUAGUAAAUGUAAUGGCCGAAUGGGUACGAGCCAGGGAACUAUCGGAGCAGAGACAGGUUGAUAAGGCACUAUGGGCAGAUAUGGAAAAUGUAUUAAAGGAUUUUGUGGAUUACAUGGAAAAAAUAGAGGACCGAUUAGAAAUGUAUGCCACAAACUGUGAGGCUGCAGGUUGGACACGUAGAGGACGCGAGCACGAACAAACAAGAUAUACCGAUCAUUCAGUUGGGGAUGUCAUGAAAUGCAGACUCAUGGUUGGAGCAUUACAUUUUGUAACUGGGUGGAGCAAUCAACUGAAAAAGGAUAACGACCCAUCGCACAAUGAUACGGCCAUGAAGGCUAUUAUGAGGUGCCUCGUGGGCAAUGUUUUUGCGUAUAUAUUGGCUGAAAUAAAGUGUGGAUAUCAGUGGCUAGGACCAGACUGGGCAUGGCACACCAUGCAGGAGUUUGCUGAGGGCAGCCAAGACCCGUCUAAUCCAAUUUCAAGUGGAACAUGUACGCAAGACAUAUAUACGGGUAUUAAAAUAGGGAAAGGGAACUUACAGGAAGCGGUAAAAAAAUGGUUACAGAAAAGUCCAAAGAUAAGUGCUAGUAUAAAACAAAUAGAGCAGAACCCACAAUGCCACAUACCCUGGGCACAGUACAAGAGGCGUAUGCAACAGACAGGGCAAGAUGCAGACAUUUCCAGUAUAUUUCAGGAGACACAUAUGCAGGGGUUAGUAAAACAGCAGGUAACAAAAAUGUUUAAGACAAUUACCAAAACAGUAACAAGGGAGCACAGAAGGGUACGAAAUAGACCAGGGGGAGCCAUGAGAUCCGAGGAUAGUGCUGUUGAAUCUGCGGACGAGGAAGAGGACGACGACGAUGAAGAGCAGCAGAACGCAGAAGAGAACAUGAAGCACAGGACAGGUAACAGUGCGACUCCUAAGACUACGAAUACGAAUACUAAACCAAUGAGUCCAGCGCCGGGGCCAAAUGGAACAGAUGAUAAGAACAAGGACCAAGCACAACCGUCAAGCACACAAUCACCAGCAGUUUCAGGUACAGGUACAGGGGGAACUCCAUCACCACCAACAGGACAACCACGAUCAGAUGGCUCAGCAGCAGAGAACGGGGUCACAUCAGCAACAGUACCCGUACCACAACCGCCACCUGCGGCACCAUCAUCACCGAAAGCAGGGGACACGGCAUCCACGGAACAAAGCCCAGGUCGAGGACCAGGUCAGGCACCAGGACCUGGACAACAACCCCCGCAACAACCACUACCACCCCAGGGCCAUGCGCCUGAGGGCACCCAAGGCGGGCAGGAUGCAGACAACGCAGGUCAGUGCACACAGAGUUCCACCAGUACGAAUACGAACGGAUCCGGCGUUAGCAUCAGCCUCGGGUGCACUCCAGAUUCCGCGUGGGGAGUUCCCUCUAGUAUACCUCCAAAUCCCCCUGAUCCAGCGCCAGGUACGCGUACUCACGAGGAUAAUUCGAGUAAGGGCGGACAAGACGUAAAAUCAGCGCAGGAACCAGCACCGGAACCGGCGGCACCGUCCAAUGCAGGUUCUACAGCAACAUCAUCAGACACAACAACACCAUCUUCUGACGCAACGACACCAUCCACAGCAACAGCAGCGGAGGGUACAACGAGUGACACGAAGCAUGCCGACUCCGGGGAAGCAGUCGUCACUGGCGACAACGAUGACCCCCCUCCGCUCAAUCCACCCAAACCCAAACCGAACCCGAACCCAAAUCAAUCGGGCAGUAGUGGCAGUAGCCAUUUUCCCGCUGUGUCUGAACCCGCCAGUACGCACCUGUAUUCACCCGGUGAUGUGAAAGUGUCAUUCACACUUGAACCAGAUAUAAAUAAGCUGCGAGGAAAUUACGGACCACGUACCCCACAGGUUCCUCAUCCUAUAGGCCCAAAUAAGGGUCCGUCCAAUGAUGGUGGUCCAACCGCGCCCGACCUAACCGACGCGGUCCUUACCGCCACUACUCCCGUACUCUUCUUCCUGUCCGCCGUCAUCGUGGCCCUCCUUGGUUAUUCCCUUUGGAAGAUGAUCCCGAUCCAUGGAGUUGUCUGGAAACUAUACAAUUACAACCGGACCCUUGCCCACCUAAUGAAGAUGACCCCGAUCCAUGGACAUGUAUGGAGACUAUACCGUUAG